UGCCUGGAUGGAGAACCAUUUCAUAAAUCAUAAUACAGGUCGAAAGAUGAAGUAUUGCAACGCAAAAAACUUUCACUCUUCAAUCCAACAUGGCCGCAAUCGAGGAGCAGGUCGGAUCAAAAUCAGAGCUGGAAACUUGUCUAAUCUGUGCGACAGUGAGCAUUGGAUUGGAGAAAAUUUGCGCUUUGGAAUGCCAGCGAAAACUUGCUUGUAAAGUCCGUCCAGGCAGAGGGCGAAUAUAUUUUGAGAUCCCUCGCAACGACCUCGGAAAGAUCAAAGAUCUCAGAUCAGUUGAAAAUCUUUUUGUUGUUGUCGCGGAUUUUGCAUGUUUUGAGUUCCCCGCAGAUGAAAGCGUUGACGAAACAUUAGAAAGAUUUUAUCACUUGUCUGAAAAUCUCGAUUGGACCUCUGCUAUCCAAAUCUGGCAGGAAUUUAAUGAAAAUUCUUCCCAUAGCCCAGUUCCAAAAUUUUUACCCCUAUCAAAAUUCAAUUCAGGCAAACCUGCUUACAGAACCAAGCCGUUAAACGAGUCUCCAGACAACGUAGAAGUCCAGAACAAAGCCUUUGUCCCUUCAGAUGGUCAGAUUGAAAACAAAGAAGCUAUAGAAAAUAUUUCUGACAAGGAAACUGAGCGAGACCGACCAUUACCACGAUUCAGGGUAACCUGUACCAGGACACAUUCCCCACCAAAUCAAAAACAUGCAUUUACGUCAAUGCAAGCAGCAGCAAAAUUUGGUGGUGGCAUAAAUGACAUGUUUGGUUGGAUAGUAGACCUAGAAAAUUAUAAUAUAGAGGUGUUAUUGAAUAUCGUCGAUACCCAUGUUGUCGUUGGGAUUUCUCUUACAAAGGAGAGCUUGUUCCGUAGAAAUAUCGUAAAUUUUGGACCUACCACAUUAAAAUCCACACUUGCAUAUUGUUUGGCACUUGCAGCUGAAAUAAAAACUGGAGAUGUUGUGUGUGACCCGCUUUGUGGCAGUGGUGCUAUUUCAAUUGAAUGUGCUGUUGAAUGGUCAACUUCGUUUAACAUAUCUGGUGAUAAUUUUCAUUUGGCCCCAUCCAGAACUCAGGAUAAUGUGGCUUUUGUGAACAACCAAAGGGCCAUGAUGAAAAAAAAAAGAAUCACUGUGGAUACGCACCUAUGGGACGCAUGUCAUUUGCCAUUGAAAACGAACUCAGUUGAUGUGUUCAUUACGGAUUUACCUUUUGGAAAAAAGAGUGGCUCUAUGCACAAGAACUGGGAGUUGUAUCCUGAUGUUUUGUUAGAAAUGGCGCGUGUUUGUCAAAGAGAAUCUGGAAGAGCCGUCAUUUUGACCAAGGAUAAGAAAGCCAUAUCAAAAACGUUUACCCAAACUGCACAGUUUUGGCGAAAGAAGUUUACGUACUGGAUUAAUAUUGGUGGCAUGCAAGCAGGAGUCUACAUACUUCAGAGAACUGCUAAUGCAAUAUAAAACGUUUUAAAAAGUUGUUAUAUCAUAGCAUAUUAUUGCUUUCUACAAAAUAAA